CACACACACUGUGCGGCGGCGGAGAAGUCACUGUAUUAUACGCGGACCAAAAGGCGACGUGAUUUGAUUGAUUGAGAGCUACCCCGAUCAUUUACCAAGGUAUAUACCUUGAAAGGAGUGGCUGUAUGAUCGUAAUGCUGCUGGAGAUUAUUGGCUGCUUUCUUCUCCACUAUGUUUGUGUGCAGCUAACAGCUAGGGAGACUUAGUAGAGCAGCGAGUUUGUGAGAAGUUACUACAGAUAUUUCGGCUGCAGGGAGCUCCGCCUUGCAGCAGUGGACGAUAGUGACAAGGUGUUGCUGCACUCUAUCAUCGGCAGCAGCUGACUGGACCGCCCCCAAUGAACACUAGCCCCCCUGUGAAUGCAGCCGCCACCAGCAUGACUGCAGCCACCAUGAUGCCCUCACCCGCCCAGCUGGCCCCCUCACCAAAUCCCUUCAGCAUGGAGUUCUCACAGCAACCACAGACACAACAGCCGCAGGGACAAGCCACAGUGCCCAUAUGUGCAGGCUGUACCCACCCCAUCGUCGACAGGUUCAUCCUAAAAAGUCCUAGACAAACCCUGGCACUCAAAGUGCCUCAAAUGCUCUGACUGUGACAUGUUACUCACGGACAAGUGCUACUCGAGGGAAGGACUAGUCUUUUGCAAAGAAGAUUUCUCUAGACGGUUUGGGACGCGGUGUGCGGGGUGCAGUCAGCCCAUUCCGCCGACUCAGGUGGUGAGAAGGGCCCAGGAUAACGUCUACCACUUGCAGUGCUUUGCCUGCUUCAUCUGCUCCAGACAACUAUCCACGGGCGACGAGUUCUACCUGAUGGACGACAAGAAACUAGUUUGCAAGGCUGACUACGAAGCAGCAAAAGCAAGAGAUGGUAACCAGAAGAGACCGAGAACAACAAUAACGGCCAAGCAGCUCGAGACGCUGCGCAGCGCCUACAGUCAGAGCCCCAAACCCUCUCGACACGUCAGAGAGCAACUGUCGCAGGACACCGGGCUUGACAUGCGCGUCAUCCAGGUGUGGUUUCAGAACAGACGGGCCAAGGACAAGCGGAUGAAGAAGGAAGAAGAUCAGAUGCCGGGGACAGCGACAAGCCCCACCACGCCCACCCCCGGCGACGACAACCACUCGACUUCCGGCUUCAGUCUGGGGGACAGCUCAGGGGCAGAGAUACUGACUCCAGGCUUUCCCCAUUCAUCUUCGUGCAAUGACUAAAGGACCCUCCAGAACUAGCUCACUUCCACCCCAUCCAUUAACGAAAUUUCACGUUGUGGUCAGCACAAGAGAUUAUUGCUGGACACUGUGGACUUACACACCUACGAAAACUCCACACACGCACACCAAACACUCAUCCCUCCUUUUGUGAUCAUUACUGAUGUUGUAUACACACUCACACAUUCUCCCAAAAUUUAUAAGAUUUGUUUUUCUCACUACAAUCAAA